GUAAUAUCUAAAAGUAGGGCAAGUCGCUCGCCAUCUUGGAAUAUUUCUGUUUCAUUCCAGCAGAAUCGUGGUCUGCUCAAACAAAAUUUAGGCUUUAAAAUGAGUAAUCAGGGUCUUACUCUCAAGGAACAGUAUGUGCACAAAGCAAAGCUUGCUGAGCAAGCUGAACGGUAUGAUGACAUGUCAGGUGCUAUGUGUUCAUGUGUAAAAUACGUUUACUCCGAUGAUAAUUCUGGAGCGACUCUCGACAACGAGGAAAGAAACCUCCUGUCUGUUGCCUACAAAAAUGUCGUUGGUGCUCGAAGAUCAGCCUGGAGGGUUGUUUCAAGCAUAGAAUCUAAAACCGAAGGCAGUGAGAAAAAGCUUGAAAUGGCUAAGAAAUAUCGAGAAACCAUUGAAGAAGAACUUAAGUCAAUUUGCAAUGAAGUUUUGGAUUUGCUGUCUAAAUAUCUAAUCCAAAAAGCCCAAGAUGAUAGUGCCCACCACGAUAGCCAUGUUUUCUACCUCAAAAUGCAGGGUGAUUACUACCGCUACUUAUCAGAAGUCUCUGUAGGAGAAGAUAGAAAAGUCAAUGUUGCCAAAUCAAAUGAGGCAUACAAAAAAGCUACAGAGAUCGCUAAAGAAAAAAUGCAGCCAACACACCCUAUAAGACUAGGACUGGCUCUGAACUUCUCAGUCUUUUAUUAUGAGAUCAUGAAUGAGCCAGAUGAAGCUUGCAAGUUGGCGAAAGCUGCAUUUGAUGAUGCUAUUGCCCAGUUAGAUCAGUUGAAUGAAGAAUCCUACAAAGACAGCACAUUAAUAAUGCAGCUGUUGCGAGAUAAUCUUACACUGUGGACAUCUGACUCGCAGGCAGAAGUGGAGCAAGAAGCCGAAAACCAGUGAUAUGUAUGGCUGUCUAAUAACUACAUUUCUUUUAAUUAUGAAUUCAAGCAGUUUACAGAAAAACAACUUUCAGUCAUCAAUUUCCUCAUGUUACAAUCCACGCCCUUGAUCCAUGUCCUAGCCCUUAUCAUUCAUCAAAUCAAUUCCCUUACCCCCACAUCACUUGGGUUCAGUAGUCUAGAGACAUCAUAGCUCACAACAAAUAGUGCAAACGUAUUAAUGCUCUUACACUUCCAUCUUAAUUUACCACAUUCAAAUGCAUUUUACUAAUGCAUUGUUUAUUGGUUUUCACCCUUUAGCUUUUUAUAUUAAGUUUUGCCAUAAAUUUCAGUAACCUAGGCAACAGAGUGAUGUAACAGAGCAAAGUUUGGCUCUGGAGUUAGCUCUUUUUAAAAGUUAAAUUAAUUGCUAAUCUUUACAACUGUGGCAGAUAAUAAUAAAGCACUUAGUUUAAAAAUGUGUGUUUGUUGUCAAUGUGUUGAAGGCAAACAUUUGCAUUUACUUAUUUUGAUUAUUCAGUUCUUACAAAUCCAAGAAUAUAAUUUUGUAACAUCACAAUGUUAGAUGUUAGCUAUUUUUACUGUUUUUAUAAUAAAUUCUGCAUACUUGAUAUUUUUGUAUGAGUAAACUAUUUUCUAAUUUAGUAUUUCAGUUUUGUUUGAUGAAAAUGUUGGAGUGGGUUUGCUAUUUAGUCUCAACUUGAAUAAGCAAUUUAGUUGUUUGAUUUAAAUUAAAUUUUAUCUGUUGUAGUUUUAGAACAAGAUUUAAAAUUCGAACCAACUUCUAAAAUUAAUUUUUGCGUCAAAAUAAGUUAAAGCAUGGCUUUCUGCUUAUGUUGACAUUUUAUUUGCCUAGAUGUAAGUUUGCGUUGUUUUACUUGUGAGAAGGGUUAACUCUAUCAAAUGUCACUUGUGUAUUGUUUUGAUGGUUUCUGGCCCAAAGAACAUGACAGGGUUAUGCUAUUAAUGGCAUACACACCAGCGAAUUCACCAUGCUUACAUAAGCACAGACACAGUUGUCAAUGCAAACUAAGCUUUCAUAUACAUCCAGUUUGUCUGUCAAAAUAGUCAUGGUAGGUUCAAAUGCUGAUUCAUCUCUGCUUCAGUCAUUUUCAUCCCCAUUAUAACUAUAACGAUUAUUAUGAAACUUUAUAUUAUCAUUAUAAUAAUGUGUAUGUCAAGUUUUACACUCUUAUAGCUGUCAGUGUAAGGAAAAUAACACAUUUUUUCUGUGAUCACAUGUGAAUGGCUGCAUGACUGUUUGUUCGUACAAUUUUUUUCAAUAGAACACUAAAUCUUCAUUUUUUUUUAAUAUGAGUAGAAUAUUUGCACCAGUUGUUUCUGUAAGAUAUGGAAGUUGAUUAUUAUUUUUUUUUUAGAAAACAAGAUCCAAGUAGAUGGUUUGGUUAUUCACUAUGUGUAAUGGUAAUCAUCCACUUUUUGGUUGUUUUUUUUUCCUGAUAGCCUCAGUAGUAAGUGCAGAUUCCUUGUUCAGAUAAUCAAUAUUCUUUGUUGUGAAUUCAGUGUUUUUCCCCCUACAAUUCUGCUUUUUAUCUUAGGCAUAUUUUAAUUCUGUCACUCAGCAUUGUGUUAUCAGCAGUUUAGUAUAUUUUAGAAUAAUGGUAAUAGCUAUUUCUGAUUCAAGAACACUGAAUCCCUUGUCCUUUUAAAUCGAGGCACACUGCAUAAUAGUCAUUCUAAGUAAUUUAUUUUUGGAGGUGAAGAUUUUUUGUUGGUCAUCAGUAAUGGUUGAAAACAAUGGUCAGUGAUAGUCUGAAAUAAGCUAAAUUUCAUAUUUGAUUGUUAGAUCUAGGAUUUUAAUUCUUUUUUCUAAUCUUCAUCACAGAAGUGUUUGUAAACACACAUGACAAAGAUAUUGCUUUUACAUGGCAUAUUAACCAAGGAGAAAAGCUCAUUCAGCAUUUUGUAGUGUCACAUGUCCAGCUUUUUUUUUUAAUUCAUAACUUUGUAUUGGGUAUGUUUGGCAUAAGAAUUAAUAGUGUGGAUUUACAAGUUUUUGUCUAAGUGUCAUUAGCAAUGAUUUUUUUUUUCAAUAAAAUUCCACUAUUAAAUUUUUUUUGUGGUGUAUAUCAAAAUAGUGGAUUAUUUAUCCUUAUUUUGGACACCAGUCUUUAUGGUGAGGAUGCAAGUUUAAUCAUCAGUUAGCUCAGAGGUCUAUGCCCUUAACAAAUUUGCCUCCUCUCCAGUUGUUAGAGUUGAGAAGUGAACAAUCCCAUCCCAAGAUCCUUAGUCCAGAACUUAUUUUAACACCAAUCAGAAAAGUAAUCCAUCUUGGCUUAUAUUAACACUUUGCUUGUCUUACCUUUGAAAAUAUUUUCAACUGUAGGUGUCCAUUUUUUUUUUUAAACCUUUUAUUUUUUUUUUGAAGGAAGAGACCGUUUCCUUUGGUGUUGCUCAUUGUGUGUGUAUUUUUUCAGUACUGUAUCUUAUUAUAAAACCUUAAAUUGGUUCUCUCAACUUUGUAUGUAAAGUCAAAUGGAAAAAAUCCAUUGACAUAAAAUCAUAAGCUUGUUAGUAAUUUUUCAAUUUAGGCCACUUGAAAAAUAAAAAUUGCGUAUGUGUAAAAACAU